AUGCGUUCGGAGCAGGAGAUACUGAAUACAUUGCUCAAAAACUAUGAUAUGCGGGUGAGGCCCCCGCCGGCGAAUUCGUCGACGGAGGGCGCGGUGAAUGUGCGGGUGAAUAUUAUGAUUCGAAUGCUUUCAAAAAUUGAUGUCGUUAAUAUGGAAUACUCAAUUCAAUUAACAUUCCGUGAACAAUGGAUAGAUCCUCGUCUAGCUUACGAACACCUAGGGUUCUACAAUCCACCCGCCUACCUUACAGUACCUCAUGUCAAAAAGAGUCUGUGGAUUCCAGACACGUUCUUUCCAACAGAAAAAGCGGCUCACCGUCAUCUGAUAGAUAUGGAGAACAUGUUUCUAAGGAUAUAUUUGAAUGGGACGGUACUGUACAGUUCCCGUAUCAGCUUAACCAGUUCCUGUCCGAUGCGUCUCCAGCUAUACCCUCUAGACUAUCAAUCGUGUAAUUUCGAUCUGGUCAGUUACGCGCAUACUAUGAAUGAUAUCAUGUAUGAAUGGGACCCCGAUAAGCCGGUACAACUGAAACCUGGUGUCGGCCUGGAUUUACCCAAUUUCGUUUUGCAAAAUAUCACAACUAACGCGGAUUGUACGAGUCAUACUAAUACAGGAUCCUACGGUUGCCUCCGGAUGAAUCUUCUUCUCAAACGUCAAUUCAGUUACUAUCUCGUCCAACUCUACGCGCCAACCACCAUGAUCGUGAUAGUCUCCUGGGUGUCCUUCUGGAUUGAUCUACAUUCAACUGCAGGGCGUGUGGCUUUAGGAGUUACCACCCUACUCACUAUGACUACUAUGCAAUCCGCAAUAAACGCAAAACUACCACCAGUGUCCUACGUGAAAGUUGUCGAUGUUUGGUUGGGAGCGUGCCAAGCAUUUGUGUUCGGUGCCCUUCUAGAAUACGCAUUUGUCAGCUAUCAGGAUAGUGCCCGACAGAAUGAUCGAUCAAGGGAGAAAGCGGCGAGGAAAGCGCAAAAACGGAGGGAAAAAUUGGAAAUGGUGGAUGCCGAAGUCUAUCAGCCACCGUGUACCUGUCAUACGUUUGAAGCCCGUGAAACAUUCCGUGAUAAAGUCCGCCGCUACUUCACCAAACCCGACUACCUACCGGCGAAAAUCGAUUUCUACGCUCGAUUCGUCGUGCCACUUGCCUUCGUCGCAUUCAACAUCAUCUACUGGGUCUCAUGCCUUAUUAUGUCUGCCAACGCUUCCACUCCAGAGUCUCUUGUUUAG